GCACAACGUUUCGACUGCUACUUCGGCCUUGAACGAGUAGAAAAUAGCAAUCGUUUCUCUUGCUGGGUUUUGGUCAUUGUUAGGAUAAUUUUUCGUUCAAUUACCCAUCUAGAUACACACAUGUCAGAAUCCCAAUCAUCUCUUCUACUCCGGAAACAACUUUCAGAGUUGAACAAAAAUCCUGUCGAAGGUUUCUCUGCGGGACUGAUCGAUGACAAUGAGAUUUACAAAUGGGAAGUCUUGAUCAUAGGGCCUCCUGACACCCUCUACGAGGGCGGAUUCUUCAAAGCUCACCUCCACUUCCCAAAAGAGUACCCCCUCAGGCCUCCUAGAAUGAAAUUCAUCACAGAAAUUUGGCAUCCAAACAUUGAUAAAAAUGGUGAUGUCUGUAUCUCAAUUCUUCAUGAACCUGGCGAUGACAAGUGGGGUUAUGAAAAAGCAUCUGAAAGAUGGCUGCCAGUGCACACAGUGGAGACCAUUCUGAUUUCUGUCAUCUCCAUGCUAGCUGACCCUAAUGACGAAAGUCCAGCAAACGUAGAUGCAGCGAAAGAGUGGCGAGAAAACUACCCUGAAUUCAAAAGAAAAGUAGCACGUUGUGUUCGCAAGAGCCAAGAGGAGUGCGUGUAGGAAUCUUUGAAGGCCGGUGAAUUAUUCUUCCAUGUGAUGAUGAUUCAGCACGUGCCCCUCCAAUCACAACCAACAAGACUUUUUUGUCGUUUGCUUUUUUUACUCGGAAAAUCACCGCUAACUCUGCAAAUUUGAAAAUACAAAAAAAUACACACGAGCAUCAAAAUUACUAAACUUUUAACAAAUGAUUUUGUCUUGUUUGCUGCUUGCAUCGAAUUAACCUGUUUCGAAGUUUGAUUUCCAAAAUUGUAAUCCAUCCCAGUGUGAGCCUAAGUGCUUUCCCUUCUAUAUACCAGUGUAAUUGGCAACUCUCCUGGAAAAGAUAAAUACGAACGUGAUCAGCAUGGCUCAAACUGGAAAUGACAAACGAGAAUGAAAAUGUGUGACUGCAUGUCAGCUUCUUUUUUUAUUACCCCAAGUCCACAUUAGCCACCACAGGAUCUACCUCUUUCUGCUGAGCAAAGAGAAAAAAACCGCGGAAGAAGGACAACUUCUAGUUUCUCUGAUCUGCAUCUUUUACACAAACAAUACACCAGUUUAAGAAUUAUUUUGUGCCCAAAUUUAUUUCGCUUGUAAUAAAUAAUCACCUCCUGCUCCAGCAGCCUUGGCUUUGGCUUUAGUGCUGUGGGCAUAUCUAAUUGCAUGCUUCAUCAAAUACGAACAUAGCGAGGCAGAAUGUGCAAUAAGGUCUCUUCAAACUGAGGAAACUUCUUGGUUUUUCGAUUACACUUAAAAAUUGUUCAUGGAUAUUCAUAGCCAAUUUAAACAAAUCUCCGAGGUAUAUUCCAAGCCUUUAAUCUCUGCUCGACCAUAUUUUUAUUUUCAAUUGCAUUUUUUUAAUCUGAUUCUUUAAUGGCGUUUGAGAAUGUGACUUUGUAAACUUUGAAGAGGAUAAAUUAUGAAUGAGUAAAAAAUAAAGCUUAAGUAUGCUCUUUCCACAGAA